CUCUCUGUCUAAAUUUGUGGCUCUCUCUCUCUAUCUUGUGUCUAAACAAUAUUCACAAUGUAGAGAGUUAAGCAUUAUGGUUUUUCUCUCUUAAGGCAGCCUAAUACUUGUAAAACUCACUCUAAACUCUUAUUUAUCUUCUCUUAUGUUCUAGAUUACUGAUUCUAAUUCCUAUUAUCCUUAAGUGAACAAACUGAAAGUGUUGUGCCACUUUACAAGAAAUAGAUUUAAACUAGAGCUUCUUUGCCACACAUAACAAGUUUACUAUCUAGGAUAUUGGUUAUAGUGUAGGCUGUUUAAGAGGAUUCAACCACCAGUUGGUUGUCUCUUCCAUUGUAGGGGUGAGUUCCUGUUGUAUGGUUGAAGGGAUUUAGUUACAAGUUAACUGAAUACUCUCUUGACAUGAGACAAACACUCAUGAAUUUCAACAGUCAGGUCCCCAUUUGAAUAUAUUGAGUAUUCUUAUGAAUCUCUCCGCUGAGGGACUGUUUCUUGAUACUUUGCACUUCUAUUGUGAGGGUUCUCUGAUUCCUCAGCGUUUGGAACGAUAAACAUCUGAACAGUCUCACUUUCUGGCUAAAUUAGUCUCCUUUCUUGUUAAACCGUAAACGAUCAGUCUCGAGAAGGCGUGAGAAUGAGGUAAUCUGUAGAUUAUUUACCUCACUGGAGUUAGGUAUAAUGACAAAAUAAAAAUUCACAUGACACUUCUAGUCAAACUUGUGUUAACGUCUUGGAAUGUCGUGUGAAAAUUUAUUUUGUUAGAUCAUCAUGUCUUAUGUGUUUGUAAAGAAAAUUUUUAGUUAAAUGAGAUGCAGAAAUAAAACAGUCCAUGACAAUUAUAAUGUUUACUGGUGUACAUCUGGAUACUAACAUUCUGUUUAAGUAUAGUUUUGAAAAGAUAUUGGUGGUUAGUGAUAAAUGAAAAGAUGUACAUGUGAUUUUGUACAAGUGGUUGUUUGUGUAUGAGAAGAGCUGGAUAUUAUUAAACGGUAUGCAUAAAAUAUAUUAGUGUUUCCUCUGUAACUUUUGUACAUGUGGAUAUUGUAAACGACGCACACAUAGAUAACGUUAGAAACAUGGACGAACACAAACAUUUAUGGACGUUAUUAGUAUAUAUAUAUAUAUGUACAUCAUCAAAUCUUUAUUUAUACACCUAACUAGAAUGUACGUGUGUUAGAGUGAUUAUAAAUAAACAUUUGUGAUUACAGCUUGUAAAUAGUAAAGUAAAGCUUUCUGUCUUUCCAGAUGUAAAACACAGCAUCCUAAAAUAUAAACUUCUUUUUGGUAGGAAAUUUGUUAGUUUCUUCUUGAAUAUAAACUUGAAUCCUAAAUUUGUUUAUAUAACUGUAAUGGUACAUCUAUCCAUGGAAUUUUCAGACAACAAAUCGGUUAGUUAGUUGAUAAUUCAAUGAGGUAAAAAACAGAGAAAAUGCAGCAUCAAACAGAAGUCAAAGACUCAAAAUGCUAUUCUGGAUUUGCCAUGCACUUGCGUAUAUUAUUUCUCUUACCAGACGGUUUUAAGAGUUUGUUCUCUUACAACAACAUCAAACAACUCUUUCUGUUUUGUUCUUGAUGUCUCAUCCGCCUAAAAACUCGUCUUUGUUACAAGAAGAAAAAACAGAGAGAUUGAAAAACAGAAAACCUCUCCUUAGAUUUAAGAAAAUCGUGGAAAGGGUGAGAGCUGGUGAGGAAGAAGAAGAAGAAAGCAAUAAGUUCAGGAUGUUCGAUAUCGAGAGCAUGAAGGAUCAAAAGUCAUCUUCACGGCAAAUCAAGAAAUGGAACUCUGAUUAUGCCUUGAGACUUGAAGAUCCAGACCUUGAUGAUGAAACUGUUUUCAAGAAAACUGCAGCCUUGAGCGUCCUGCCAACGUUACCGCCUCUGAUUAAGGACAAGACCACUCAGACGUCUGAAGCAACUGAUGAAGAAUUACAAGAAGAAGCAGGCAAGGGAGAUAAUAUUUGUAUUCAUGGCUAUAAUGAGAGAGUAAUCUUGAGGUUUCUUGACUUUUAAGUUAGGGUUGUGAUGAUAGAUCUCAUUAGACAAAACUCAUGUGCUUCAUUAUAUACAUUUGUUACAGAAAAGGAACAGAUGAAAGAAAAGUUUGCGAAACUUCUUCUAGGAGAAGACAUGUCAGGAGGAGGCGAAGGUGUGUCAUCAGCACUGGCAUUAUCAAACGCAAUCACAAAUCUUUCAGCUUCUGCGUUUGGUGAGCAACGGCGUUUAGAGCCAAUCUCUGAAGAUAGAAAAGAACGGUGGAGAAGAGAAAUCGGAUGGCUUCUCUCUGUUACUGAUCAUAUAGUUGAGUUCUCUCCAACACAACAAACAAACAAAGAUGGUUCUUCAAUAGAGGUGAUGACUACGAGACAGAGAAGAGAUCUUGUCUCCAACAUCCCUGCUCUUAAGAAACUCGAUGUGAUGCUUACUGAUUGUCUUGAUAGUUUCAAGGAUCAGGAUGAGUUUUAUUACAUCACAACUGAUUCUCCUGAAUCUUUAACAAGUAACUCGACCAGGAAUGAUGAUAAAUGGUGGCUUCCAACAGUGAAAGUUCCACCUACAGGCUUAUCUGAAACGUCCAAAACGUUUCUACUGAGUCAGAGAGAGUGUGUGAGCCAAGUUCUUGAAUCGGCAAUGGCCAUAAACGCUGAAGUCUUGUCUCAAAUGGAGAUCCCUGAGAGCUACAUCGACUCGCUUCCUAAGAAAGGGAGAGUUAGUCUUGGAGACACAAUCUACAGAAUGUUAACACUAGACAUGUUUGAUGCAGAGCAGUUCCUUCUUGAGAUGGAUUUAUCAUCAGAGCACAAGAUACUCGAACUAAAGAACAAAAUCGAAGCUUCGGUUGUGAUAUGGAAGAGAAAGAUAGUGCAGAAAGACAACAAGUCAUCGUCUCCAUUUAGUACCAAUCUGAGUAUGGAGAAGAGACAGCUACUAGAAGAAAGAGCAGCAACCAUCUUGUUUCUUCUCAAACAAGUUUUCCCAGGGAUAUCUCAAUCCACACUUGACAUCAGCAAGAUACAAUUCAACAAAGAUAUAGGGUUAGCUAUAUUGGAGAGUUAUUCAAGAGUUCUUGAAAGCUUGGCGCACACGGUACUGUCAAGAAUAGAAGAUGUUCUUGAAGCUGAUCAGCUAACACAGGAAUCUGAAGUUGCGGUUUUUAAGAGAGAUAUAGUGAAGGAAACAGAGAGUCCUAAGAAGGAAGAAGAAAAGGACUUUUGUCUUUUGGAGGAGAGACCUAAAAAGAGCAAAUCUACCAUUUCACUGUCACAGGUAAUGCAAUGGAACAUGGAAGACCAUGAGCAACCGAAGAAAGAAAAGAACGAAACACCACGCAAGAAACUGUUGACCAGAAUGUCAAGCAUGAUCAACAAGAAGACUAGCUCUUAUCUUGAAUCUCUUGGAACAACAAAAAGUCCUAAGGCAUGGAGAUACUCUUGAGAAAAUAAUAUUUCUUUUGUAAAGCUAGGGAAAGAAAAACGGUUCAAAUGUAACAGAGAAACAGAAUAUACAUACAAUAAUUUAAAGAGUUAAAAGCAUUGAGAAAUGAUAAUGGGAAGGUAACAAACAUUGCAUGAAU